AUGUCUGGCACCAGCCCGGCUGAACGCAGCUCUUUGCUGUCAGGCUCUCACUCUCGGCUGGCCUCUGAAUUUGCGUCGGGUUCUGGCCGCCAAAAUGUCAAAUGGGCCAAAGAAUCUGACUCUCCUUUUUCUGCCUCUCGUCGUCGUUAUUUCUUCAUCAUGAUACUCAUGUCCUUCUUUUUCCUCGCUGGCCUGACUUUGGCUCUCGCUGCUCCACAACACAAGCGUCAGGUCAGGGGUCCAGUCAUUGGUGCAAAUUUUCAAGAUCCUUCUGUGGUCCCAUUGGACGGAGGUUCCUGGAUUGCCUAUGCCGGGGUCAACGGAAAUCCCGCUGGGAUCAAUGUUUUGAUGGCAACUUCUACCGAUUUUUCAACUUGGACGGUUCGUGAUGGCUAUGAUGCUCUUCCUACUCUCCCUUCUUGGGCUGCUUCACCUCCUCAUGUUUGGGCUCCUGAUGUGACUCGACUGGACAAUGGCAAUUUUGUGCUAUAUUAUUCCGUAUCGAUGGCUUCAAAUCCCACACAACACUGUGUGGCAGCGGCCACGGCUCCAAACCCUGAAGGUCCAUUUACUCCAGUUCAAACACCUUUAUUCUGCGACUUGAGUGCUGGAGGGGCAAUCGAUGCCGAUGGCUUCAAUGAUCCUCCCACUCACCGACAAUAUGUUGUCUACAAAGUUGAUGGCAAUUCUGUGGGUAAUGGAGGAGAGUGUGCAAACACUGUCAGUCCAAUUGCACCGACUCCGCUUGUCUUACAGGAAGUUGAUCCGGAUGAUGGCUAUUCUCUCAUCGGAACGCCAACCACGAUUUUGCUCAACGGGCCGGAUGAUGGGCCCAACAUCGAGGCUCCAUCAUUGACGUAUGACGUUUCGUCCGGAACGUACAUCCUUCUGUAUAACUCAAAAUGCUUCACCACACCCCCCUAUAACAUACAGUACGCCACCAGCAAGAGCAUUUACGGUCCUUACACUAGACAAGGCGCAUUCUUAGAGACCGGUGGUACGGCUGCGAGCGUGUACAUUCCAGGCGGCAUCGACGUGACCCCCGAUGGCAAACUAGCGGUCUUCCAUGGCGAUUUGAAUAUGGGUUGGUUCCAAAGCGAUGGCACCAAGCGGGUGCGAGGGAUGUAUGCGAUGGAUCUUUCGGUGUCGAAUGGCGCAAUCAAAGCGGGUGAUCUAUAUUAG